AUGAACAUGUAAAGAAAAAGCCAUUCUCCUGAAUUAAGAAAAGAGUUAGCAUUAAAAUUAUUAAAAAAUGAAAAGUAUCCUUUUGUCUCCAAAUAAUCUUAAUCCCCAGAAAUAAAGAUGACCAGAUCUACAGUGAUUUAGAGGCGUAGGCCGUAGGAUCACCCUGUCAAUUCUCCAAUUAUUGAGGAUUUGUUGAGAAAAUGUAAACUCUUAGAGGAAUUAGUUAAGAAGUCGAAAAAGGUAAAAGUUCUUAUGGAUAGGAGUAGAUUAUAGAUGAGAAAGAAACUAAAAUUUAACUCUUACUUCAAUUACUUAAACAAAGAGAAAAUUGUUGCAAAGAAUUGUAAAUGCAAUCACACAAACUAAUGGAAGAGAGACAAAUUUUAAUAGAACACAUCACUCAAUUGGAAAGCUAACUCAAUUUUUAAGAGGAAGAGGAAGCAUGUAUUAUUUAUAAAUCUAAUGCACAAGAUUCUCAAGAUGGGUAUCAACAACACAUGACUAAUUUAAAUAAUUUGAGACACUUCCUAUAUUAGAUUCGCCAUAGCAAUGAAGACAUUCCAGUUUUUGUUGAUGUUGACAAUCUGACUUACGAAUAACUUCUCCAACUCGAAGAUACAAUAGGAUAUGUUAAUAGAGGUUUGAGCAAGGAACAAAUAAAGACUAUCCCUAAAGUAAGCUUUGAUUAAUGCAAAACAGAUGAAUAAUUGUAAGUGAAAUUGAUAUUAAUUUAAGAUGCUCUAUUUGUUAAAUUGAGUUUGAGAGUACUGACAAAUGCCGAGCUCUCCCGUGUUAACAUCUCUAUCACUCUAAAUGCAUUAAGUUAUGGCUGGGAAAAGAAAAGCAUUGUCCGAUAUGCAAACAGGAGUUGGAAAUUAAGAUGCCAAACUAGUAUCAAACUGAAGAGAAGGAAAUGGUAGAACAAUGAAUUAAUAUAUUAUAUAUCUUAUUAUGCAC